CUCUACCAACCUGGGCUGGGACGGAGGCCGUGCUCGGUCCGCCCACCUCUCGGUGCAACCAGCCUUGACCUUGUGGCCGACUGCCAGGACUUCUUGGUCCUCCCACAUGGCCCAGACCGGGUGUCCCUGGACCGGCCGCUCUCCAAACGCCUGCAGGAGCAGCGGGGACCACAGGCGGCCAGAGCAGACCAGGCGGUUUUCUCACGGCACAGAGGAGGAGGAGGACGACUGGGAGACUGACCAGGACUACGUCAACAAUGCCAGCAGGCCGUGGGGAGAUCGUGAGAUUUCGACGGCCUCCAUUAUUUCUGGUAAGCCCAAGAAGAGCUUGGCCCGUCUAGUCCGGCAUCUCGUUCUCACAGUGGCCAAGCAGAUACCUGUGAGACGCACACAAGCAGGACUCGAACACGAGAGCAACGCUCCCCUCCUGUGGUUUGCCUCCCACUGUGGAGCAGAGCAGAGGCGUCCUGGCUAGCAACCGUCGAUAGCCCUCUCCUCCUCCAGGAAUUUGUCCAAUCCUCUUCUUAAAGCCAUCUAGGUUGGUGGACAUUAAUACCUCCUGAGGAAGGGAGUUCCAGAGGUUAACGGUCUUGAAUCUUCCAACAUUCAGCAUGGGAAGUCCACAAGUUCUAAUGUCAUAAGAGAGGGAGAAAAACUGUUCUCUACCCACUUUCCCCAUGCCAUGCCAUUCCCAUUCCCAGAUGGGCGGAGUAUAAAUAAAUUUAUUUAUUUUAUUAUUAUUAUUAUUAUUAUUAUUAUUAUUAUUAUUAUUUUUACUCCGCCCUUCCCGGUUCAAAAACCGGCCUCAGGGCGGCUAACAACAAAUUUAAAACACUUAAUUAUAGAAGCAGCAUAAAACACCGUAUAAAAACAUGAAUAACAAUAAAAUUCAAAGUUCAGAAAUCAAUUUAGGGGAAAUGCAUCUAAUAAGCAUUAGAUAGUCUAAUUAGAUAGCAUUAGAUUAGUCCUAUUUGGGCCAGCGAGGAGGCCAGGGGAGAAUUGGCUGUGGGAUCCCAGAGCAGGUAAUCUUCAUAAAAGCGGAGAGGGAGGGAAGGAAGGGGAAUAAAAGAUCAGGCUAAGUUCAGAUUGAAAACCAGGAAGCCAUAAACAUGAACUGGAAGGACCUUGGGAAGGAGAAGCAGUUGCUGCCCCAAAUUGCUGGGCUUUGCUGCAUUUAUUUUGAAUUAUAGCUCCCAGGGCAGAUUCAGACAAGGAAUGGAUUCAUGACAUCCAUUCUAAGCGGUGUGUCUUGGACUUGUUAGAUGCAGACGAACGAGGAGAGGAACCAGCUGGGGAACCCCAAAGGGAAGAAGGCUCAGAAGCCAGGGAGUGGUGGUGGUGCAACCAUGAGUGGUCAGAGGGAGAAGAGGGAGAAGACUAGAAGGAGGCGGUGUCAGACACUUGGUGAGAAGGGAGAGUUUGUGGCAGAGAGCAGUCCAGAUUCAGAGACAGAAGCUGAAGCAGAAGAGGAGGGAGGUCAAGAGGCAGAGAUGAGUCAGGCUGGUGAAGAAUGAUGGGUGUCCUGCUGCGACAAGCUCCCCUCCAACCUGGUCUCCCAGAACCAGAAGAGGCAUGAAGUGAGCGGCGCAGUCUCCAGUUGCUUGGAAAAAGCCCUGGGGAGGUAGGGCAGAGCUGUCAACUUUUCCCUUUUCUUGUGAGGAACCCUAUUCGGAAGAAGGGAAUUUCCCUUAAAAAAAGGGGAAAGUUGGCAGCUAUGGAGGUAGGGACCUUUGGUCUCAGAAACUGGUCCAUAGGGCAAGACCGACCUGGGAUGAGCUGCUGUGCUCCUCAGGCCGACACGCCACCAAGUCUGUGCAGGUCGUGUUCUUUCUAAGAAAGGGUUAAUGUGCACAGUGUGAUUUAUUGCUGGCUCCUGCUGUCACUUAGUUUUCUACCACCCUGAUGCCUUCCAGAUGCUUGGGAGGGACUACAGUGGUACCUUGGGAUGUGAACGGGAUCCGUUCCGGAGCCCCGUUCACAUCCUGAAUAGAACGUAAGACGCAUCUGUGUUUCGCCACUUCCGCGCAUACUCAUGACAUCAUUUUGACCGUCUGCACAUGCGCAAGCGGCAAAACCCGGAAGUAACGCGCUCCGUUAACUUCCGGGUUGCCGCAGAGCGCAACAUGAAAAUUCCUAUUCUGAAGCAUAUUUAUCCCGAGGUAUGACUGUACAGCGACGCGGGUGGCGCUGUGGGUUAAACCACAGAGCCUAGGACUUACCGAUCAGAAGGUCGGCGGUUCAAAUCCCCAUGACGGGGUGAGCUCUCCUUGCUCUGUCCCUGCUCCUGCCAACCUAGCAGUUUGAAAGUACGUCAAAGUGCAAGUGGAUAAAUAGGUACUGCUCCGGCGGGAAGGUAAACGGCGUUUCCGUGCGCUGCUCUGGUUCGCCAGAAGCAGCUUAGUCCUGCUGGCCACAUGACCCAGAAGCUGUACGCUGGCUCCCUCGGCCAGUAAAGCGAGAUGAGUGCUGCAACCCCCAGAGUCAGCCACACUGGACCUAAUGGUCAGGGGUCCCUUUACCUUUACCUAUGACUGUACAACUCCCACCAGCCCCAGCCAAGCUGUGCAGGCUGAGGCUGAUGGGUAUUGUAGUCUAAAACAUCUGGAGGACUCCCAGUUGUGGAAAGAAGUUGUACUAGGAGGCCAUGAAUUGGAGACACUUUUUCACUGAGUCUUCCCGGUUUCACUUCUCUUUAGAGCUCUCUAGAUCCAUCCGAGAAUGCAGCCUCGGAAAGCCGAACCUUCCCAGAAGGCCGGAUCACGCCAAUUGCCAAAGCCACCUCCGGGGUUGUAAGGAUCCGGUGUGGAACCGCCCAAAGGAUCCCGAGGGGCAUCAGCCGCCGCUGUGCCCGCACGUGCGAUCUUCGCCCAGCCUGGGUAUAGAGAGGGCAUCCCUGUUCAACCGCAACGCUGCAGAGAAACUGGACACGUUCUUCUCCCAGAAGCUGAAAGCCUGUGCUGGUGGCUCAGGCCGCCUGUCGGACCCCUGCGAGGACCUGGGGACCCUGCAGGAAGACCCCACAGACCCCAGCGGGCCCUGGAGGGACCCCGGGAAGGAACACGCUGGCCCCGAGCGAAACUGCAGGAGGCAGGAUCACAGCCGCGCAACCCAAGGAAGAGGAGAUGCCACCCAUGCCCACGGCUGCCAACCAUGCCCACGGCUCCUCCGGCACUGUCUCACUGGCAAAGGCGGGGCGUCGGAGCGCGUCUAUUGGCGGCAGGAGAGCAGCAGGCCCUCCACAGCCGUCAGCAGCUCAGCACGGAUCCUGCCUCGCUGCAGAAUCAGCCAUGUCCAGAGUUGCACCGCCUGCCAAGCGUUUAACAGGGACACACCAGCGGGCAUGGAGACGCUCCAGGAGAACGGCUGGAGUCUGCCGGAAGGCAAGGAGAGAGCGGGUUUGAGUGCCCCCCGCCAGAGGGAAAGGACGGGGCCUCCUUGCCGGCGGCAGGUGCCAGACCGGUUUUUGAAAGUUCAGCAGUGGCUGGAGGAGACGCCGGCCGAAGACCCUCCGUCCCACCCAAGGCAGCAGGGGCGUGGGGCUGGGCAUCGGGGCAGCCCAGGCACUCUGGGGUGGCCACCUGCGUACGGAUCACUGGAUCAGAAGGAAAGGGAUUCUUGGGGAGAGGCAGGAGGCUGUCCAAGUCUGGACCCCACAGCUGACAUCAGGCACAGAAUGAAGAGCCAUCAGGAAGAGGAUCCCACUCAUCAGGUGAGGGGGCAGAGGGAAGGGCUGGGGAAUAAUAAUAAUAAUAAUAAUAAUAAUAAUAAUAAUAAUAAUAAUAAUUUUAUUAUUUAUAUGCCGCCCAUCUGACUGGGCUGCCCCAGACACUCUGAGCAACUUCCAGCAAAAUAUUAAGACCACAAUUAAACAUCUACCAGCUCCACCUGGUACGCAGGAUGAGACCCUAUCUGCCCACACACUGUCUCGCCAGAGUGGUGCAUGCUCUGGUUAUCUCCCGCUUGGACUACUGCAAUGCGCUCUGCGUGGGGCUACCUUUGAAGGUGACCUGGAAACUACAACUAAUCCAGAAUGCGGCAGCUAGACUGGUGACUUGGGGCGGCCACCGAGACCACAUAACACCGGUCCUGAAAGACCCAGUACAUUGGCUCCCAGUACGUUUCCAGGCACAAUUCAAAGCGUUGGUGCUGACCUUGAAAGCUCUAAACGGCCGCGGUCCUGUAUACCUGAAGGAGCGCCUCCACCCCCACCGUUCUGCCCAGACACUGAGGUCCAGCUCUGAGGCCUUCUGGCGGUUCCCUCAUUGCGAGAAGCAAAGCUACAGGGAACCAGGCAGAGGGCCUUCUCAGUAGUGGCACCCGCCCUGUGGAAGGCCCUCCCAUCAGAUGUCAAAGAGAUAAACAACUAUCUGAAAUUUAGAAGACAUCUGAAGGCAGCCCUCUUUAGGGAAGCUUUUAAUGUGUGACAUUUGAAUGUAUUUUUAAUCUUUGCUGGAAGCUGCCCAGAUGGGUGGGGAAACCCAGCCAGAUGGGUGGGGUACAAAUAAAUUAUUAUUAUUAUUAUUAUUAUUAUUAUUAUUAUUAAUCAGACGUUAAAAACUUCUGUACAGCUGUCUUCCAAAAGUCAAAGAGUUGUUUAUCUCCUUGAUAUCUGAUGGGAGGGCGUUCCCCAGGGCAGAUGCUGUGGGGCUUCCCCGGAUAUAGUUGGACUACAAACAGCUCCCAUAAGAGGCUGCCGAAUCAGGAUUUGCAAAUCUGUCCCCGGACAAAUUCUGUCCCAGGAAUGUCCCCAGAUUUGCAAAUCUGUCCCCGGGAAACGUGGCAGCGGCAGUCUCAGCAGCCCAGAGCCAGCCUGAUAGCGCAGUUGUCUCUGGCUGGCUUCAGGAGCUGCCCGCUGCCGCUGCCACUGCUGAAGGGGAACCAGGGACGUCCGACGGUACAGAUGUCCUGCCCCCUUUGUUUUGACAGAUCGGGGGAGGCUCAGGAGUCACGGGCAGGCGGGCAUUGCCCAGGAGGGGCACAAGGUGCACGGUUUCUCUGCCAGGCAAGGUGCAAAGCCCUUCUUUUGCACCCGGUGAAACAUAAAUGUGCAGAGUUUUAAUAAAACUGGGGAACGGCCAGCCACCCACGACAGGGGGCAGGAGAUCGGGGAAGGAUCGGGAGUCACAGGCGGGCGGUGCGUGGUUGCCCAGUUUUUUAAAAACUCUGUGCAUUUAUGUUUCAUAGGGCGUGAAAGAAGGGCUUUGCACCUUUAUACAAUAUGCAUGUGUGCUUGGGCCCAGGGUCUUUCACCUCACAAUCCCCACUACUGACUCUCUGUUGCUACUCAGCUAAAAAAGGAAAAAGAAAAAUAUGUGUCCCUGGAUUCAUUGAAAAAAAUCUGGUAACCAUACCCUAAACCCGCUGAGCCUCCGCUUCCUGCCCUUCUGCCUUUCCCCUCACAGAACAAAAGAAAUUACCGUGAAAAUCCCUAAAACGAGAAGUAAUUGACUAUAGAAUCACAAAAAUCAUUCUUUAACAUCAGCAGUCAGGAGUGCUUCGGCCCUGUGUUUGAGUCUGUUUGAAACUUAAAACCUCAAUUUCUUAAUAGGGCUAUGUUUAAAACUUGUUUGAGUCUCUGCCCUGUUUUUGAGUUUGUUUGAAACUUCAAACCUUAAUUUUGUAUUACUAUUGCUUGGUCCUCUUAAAUAGGGUUAUGUUUAAAACUUUUUUGAGUUUCUGCCCUGUUUUUUGAGUUGGUUUGAAACUUUAAAACCUCAAUUUCUUAUCACUACUGCUUGAUUCUCUUAAAUAGGGCUAUGUUUAAAACUUGUCAUUGAGGUUUUCAUACCUUCUUUGUAAACUUGAGGAAGCAUUUUCAGCCCUGCUCUUGAGCUUGUUUGAUAUCACUUGAAAUCUUAUAAUUUCUUUAUUUCCUUCUGAGGAAACUGAUUAGUUCAGUGAAACGAGUUUUGCAGCCGGCACCUCGUUAAGUCUUUGUUUAAUUCUAGUUUAUUUUUUGAUUUUUGUUAUUCUGUAGUCGAUUACUUCUCGUUUCAGGGAUUUGCACGGUAAUUUCUUUAGUUCUGUGUAAUUUCUUGGGUCUCUGACUGUCUUUUUCUCACUGGUUUCCCCUCCUGCAGGCUCCCCGGCUCCACACCUGCGACGACGCCAGCACCUCUCCCGCCACGUGCUCCUGCCUCUUCUGCGAGCAGCAGAGGCCCCGUGCCACGCUGGUCUCCGGCAAGAAAAAGCCGGACCCCUCCGCUGAGGAGGUGGCUGUGCAGCUGCAGGCGGAAAACCGUAUCCCCCGGAUCGUGGAGGCUUUCGAGCGCCGUUCGCUAAGGGAGGCCAAGAUCGUGGAGAGGGAGAAGGCGUAUCUGUCGGCCCGGCAGAGGGAGCUGGAGAAGCGGGCAAGGGCGGGCAAGGCGCGUGGGAACGCCAGGCGAGGCCACCACCAGGCCAGCGGCGCCAAGGCAAGGAAGCCCCAAGCCAAGGAAGAGGAGCAGACGCCGCGUGAGGAGCCCAGGCCCCGGGCAGUGCCAGAGGGGCCCCCAAAGCGCCACCAGGCGAGGGAGCGAACGGCCAAGCCCAGUUUCAUGGACAGACUGCGAGGGCACUACUAGAUCCGUCAGCUCAAGAAGCCCAGGGACUGGACGGGAGGAAAGCCUGCGGCGAUGUGGCCGAGGGAACCACGGCGUGGACGAGGCUCCGAAGGGUGGUGGCCCCGACGCCAGCAGGGGCUGUUCUUCUGCAAAGGCAGGACAGGGACAGGUGGCAGAACAGGAAGCUGGCAUGCCCUGGCGCUGCCCGUGGGAAGGGCGUGCUAAACGUAGGGAGCGUGCUUCUGCCUCUUCGCCAGCCCAGGGGUCUCUGCCGUGGGUCUGGUGCUAGAGACUGCGCCCAAAGUUGCCACGCCAAAGGGAUCUCUGCAAAGACAGAGCAAUGGGCCAAGGGGUUGCAGGUGGCGCUCUGGGCCUGCUGUGGGCACAGCUGCAAUGGGGGGCAGGGAGGGGGCAGCAAAGUGAAGCAGUAUCCCGGCCAGUAGGUAGGUUUUCCCAGCGGCUCCCAAGCCCCGUGCGAAGGGAUGCUUGCAUGCACACAACACGGGAUAUUUGCCACUGGGUGGGAGGAGGUCCAAUGGGCUGUUCCAUGGAAGCCAUGGAGGGCGUGUGAUGCAAUUCAAACUGGUGUGUUUGUAUGAAUAAACCAUGGCUGUGAUGCAGCUGUGUAAAUGACGA